CUAUCUAUCUAUCUAUGUCUAUCUAUCGAUCUAUCGAUCUAUCUAUCUAUCGAUCGAUCUAUCGAUCGAUCUAUCUAUAUAUAUAUGUUUAGCAAGCGUUAUAUGAAUGCGAUACCAUAGAAGGCUGUAGUACCAGUCCGAUUGUUCACGAGCGUUCAAUGUCCUGAACACGCCAAUGUACUUUUCUUCUUCUUUCAUUGUGAAAGCUAUAUAACCACUGGAGCGGAACGCUUCUCUGAUAGGCUGAAUGACGGCGCAUACUUCAUCGACACUGAAAUCCCUUCAUUCAGCAUGCUUCCCUGUUUAUGGAUAGGGUUCGUGGCCUUUGUUUCAACAACAAUAGCUGGUAGAGACUCGUGGAGCAGGUGGUACAACACUGACUCACCUGCAGACGGCGAUGAUGAGGAAAUACUACAGAUAAUUAGACAGACAGGUAAACCUCGCUGCAUACAUAGGUCUACGAGAACGCAGUGCCGCGUGGUAGGCACGAUUACUCUAUUCAGUGAUGCGAGGAACGUGGCAGACAACUUCCUGUCAACGCCGUGUAACCAGAGCGGAGUUGUCUGCCUUGCCAGAGAGCAGCGCCCCGGGGUCAACUGUCGUGAUUACGAAAUACGAUAUUCUUGUGACAAAUCAGAUGAAAAGCACUCGAAGAUUUCAUCGGACGGCGGAUUCAUAGCCCUGAUAGCCAGCUUAUCGGUCUUGGUACCCAUCCUAGGAGUGAUGUCCAUUCACUUUCUACGCGCCUGUCGAGAACGAAGGCAGAAAGAAAAACGUUCGCGCGAUGUACAGAGCACCGAUCAACCUCCGAGCUACGACGAGGUGUGCAACAAUGAAACGCGAAGAGUCGGAAAUACGGCCGCCAUUAGUCUCCCGGAAAUGUCCUCACUGGAAGUUAGCAGCUCUUCCGGUACGAGCUCUCCUAUUCCAGGAGUCGGAAAUAGUUCCGGAAAUGAUGUUUGCCACUCGGCUGUGCGUAAUAACGAAAGACGGGGAUGUUCGGGAAGGACGGGAACACCCGAGGCGAGCGUGUUCGUCAUAAGUGGACGGAGUACUCAAAGAGAAAUUGAUAACAGGCAUAUGGUGCCCGAGCCGCCGCCUUCCUAUGCAGAAGCUUUAGAAAUACUCAAGUUGCAGUCUGGUGUAGUGUAAACAAGAUUAGAAAACUAUUUCUAAAAACAGUCUCAGACACGCAUUUCAGACUAGACUCCUCUAUUAUUUGGUUGGGGUGGGGGUGGGAGGG